GGAGAGCUAGGUCACCGGCCUGCCGCUGGGAAACGCUGGGUAGUCAAGGCGCCUUGGAGUUUGGACCUGCUUAGCUGCUGGGUGGUGGCCCAGGGUUCUGGGCGUGCCUGGGGCCGAGCCAGGUGACUUCGCUGAGCUGACAUUCCUGCUUUUCUUUCAGCCCCGGAUUCCUUUGCCUCUGUGACAGUGACGCACUCAAAAGUGACUCAGUUUCAGAGAAAGGAAAUUGUAGUGGACAGAGGCUGAAGACUGUGUGGACCAGCAGGGAAAGGCACGGUGAUGCCCUCAACCCGGUCCCUGCGGGGACUCCACCACGUAGCCUGUCCUGCCUGCACCCGGCCCCUGCGGGAUGCGGUGACCGUAGCCUGCGGACACAAAAUCUGUCUACUCUGCCUCCCGCACAUCCCGAUGGGGGCCAAGCUGCUAUGCCCGCUCUGUCAGGAGGAAGAGGAGCAAACCCAGGCCGCAGUGGCCCCGGUACCCCUGGGUCCCCUAGGCGAGACCUGCUGCGAGGAGCACGGAGAGAAGAUCUAUUACUUCUGCGAGACAGACGCGGAGCUGCUCUGUGUGUUCUGCAGAGAGGGCCCCGCCCACCAGGCGCACACCGUGCGGUUCCUCGAUGAAGCCAUCCAACCCUACAGGGAUCGUCUCAGGAGUCGGUUAGAAACUCUGAGAAUGGAGCGGGACAAGAUGGAAGACAGGAAAUAUCAAGAAGAUCGGAAGCUCCAAGAGCUCCUGAUGCAGGUUGAAAGCAAGAAGCAACAGGUAGAAGCUGCCUUUGAAAGGCUGACUCAGGAGCUUGGAGACCAGAGGUGCCUCCUGAUGACCAGGCUGGAGGGGCUAGAACAGCAGAUCUGGAAGGAGAGGGAAGAGUACAUCACAAAGGUCUCUCAGGAGGUCCAUUGGCUGGGCACCCAGGUUGAGGAGCUGGAGGAGAAGUGUCAUCGACCAGCAAGUGAGCUACUACAAGAUGCCAGACUCAACCAGAGCAGGUAUGAGUCGAAGACUUUUGUGAGUCCAGAGGCUAUUUCCUCUGAUCUUGUUAAGAAGAUUCGAAACCUCCACAGGAAAAUACUCGGCCUCCCAAAGAUGAUGAGGACAUUCUCAGGUAAAGAGACUCCUCUAUCUUCCAUCUGUCUCUAUAUUUCCCCAACUUCAAAACCUGGUUCAAACCAAGCAUGGUAG